AUGUCUAAAAGUAAUGCACAGCGGGAACACUACUGUAACCGGACACGAGAGAGGGAUGGGAAAUGCUUGGUCACGGGACAGAGAUUCGCUACAUGGAGUCCACUGAGGGCCGCCCACAUAUUUCCUCGUGCCCACGUUGAUGAAUGGGUAAGCAAACAGUUCCAUCACCUCGUCACCGAUACCGCACCUGCAUCGGACGUUGGUGGUUCUUCAAAAAUUGACUCUGUGCAAAAUGUGAUCAUGUUACGAAGUGACCUGCGUGAUAUGUGGGAUAAUUAUGAGUUUGGUGUCAACCCUGACGACAAUCAUCGCAUCACCGGAUUCAUCAAUGGCUUAGACGAUGUGCACGGUUUGACCCUUCGCCUUGAUCAUAUUGUGAACCCGACAAUCCGCCCGCUGGACGAACUCUUCCGCGACCAUUUCCUGCAGGGCGUUCUGAAACAUGUGAAAGGUGCGGGAGAGCCAACCUGGGACUACGAGGAUGCGUUUAGUGAUGGUGGCUUCGAUCUGUCGAGACAAGAGAUCUGGGGAAGCGUCGAGGGGAAGGAGCGGCUGGAGCUGGAAUUUUUUGAUAGGCUCUUUGAACAUCAAAUCGCAGAGGACUUAGGCCAAGGGAGUGCGGACGACACUGGAUACUCCUUCCUGGUAAAUUUUGUGCAGAAGGAUCACUGUAUACAAACAGCCUUGAUUUCGAUCAUAGCUCCGGACUUUCCCUCCUACCUCCAUGAUCGGAGCAAGCACAGCAUAUACGGGUAUAAAGACGUGGAGGCUGACAAUGUCACGGUGCAGAGGGCAACUAUUUCUUAUCAACUCAAGCGACGUCAGGGAACCACCAAUAUCACGCGAUUCGCGCAGAGGCUACGGGGCACGAUACAGGCGAAAGGGCAUCGUUACUUGCACUAUCGUGUCUAUUAUGUAAACGACGGCGGGAUUGCUACCAACAACCCCAACGAGAGCCGAAUCCUCACCAAAUCUGUUGUCCCGCCUCAUACCGUCACGUCACUUAAAAAUUAUUUGUGUCAUAUCGAAGGUGUCCUUGAGAGCGCAGAAUCCUGCUUGUUUGCGUCCCUCUCGGACAAGAAAGCGAUGAACGAAGCCGCACAAAUAUCCCUCCUUGGCUCCUCUGGUCCUGGAGUAUCGGCGCUUGAUCCAGUGGCGUUGGUCGUUCACUCGGACAGGUCGGUCGUUGUGAAACAAAAGAACCCUCUCAAGGUUCCUCACGUUCAAUCGAGUCCCAAUUAUGGCAAGUUCAUCAUUCUUCUAGUACCCGCUAACAAUUUACUCUUAUAUAUUCUUUGGGCAGUUUACUACCGCCUUUAUUCGACGAAGGAGGAGAUUCCUUCCAAGAUGGCAUUCAAGAAAGGUGACAGCUCCAUGGGCCGUUUUGAUCCACUUGCUAUUGCACCUCCCCAUACAGUCGCUUCGGUCAAAGCCUGCUUAUUGAAAAUGGAGGGCAUAUCUUCCUUAUCUUCUGCAACGUCGCAACUUUUUGCUGUUUUGAACAGUGAAGCUCCGAUGAGGGAUAAGACUCGGUUACGGUUUCUAAAGCACCCCUACCCAGGUUGCGCCGGUGACAAUCCCAUGGCCUUUGUAGUAGACGCCCCGCAGGAGUAUCGGGUCAAAUCAAAAUACAAAUGUGUGCUUACCUCCAAGUCUCCUAGACCGAUCGACCGCUGA